GUGCGCAGUCUGCAGCAGCGCUCGGUAAGAACUAUCCUGACGGCAGGAUAAACCCCAAAAUAAGUGAAGUGUUCCGUUUAGGUCAUAUCAGCAAAAACAACGCGAGUGACAAACAAUUCGAAAAUACGCCCAAUCAAAAAACAAUUAACAAUUAAAAAAGUGCCAGACUUGCCACUUUCCACUUGGCACUGCCGCUUUUGUGGGCGUCGGGAAACUGUUUCGGAGUCGAAUCUGAUUGGAGACGAAGGAGCACUGAAGGAGCAGAGCAGAAAGCUGUUGUGACAUUUUUUUGGCAAAGCAAAACGCAAUGGCGCCAAAGAUGCCGCCAUUUUCGCAGCUCGACAAAAUGGCGACAAGGACAUCCAGUUGGGUCUGCCGCCUGCUGCUCGUCAGCCUCUGCAUUGGCGCCGCUGCCGCACGAGACAUUCCAUCUUCAUCAAUCCGUGCGAACUCGCUGGCCCAAAACGUGGACGUGGCCUUCUACUGUCCGGGCGAGGGACUGUUUGCCGACGACUAUGACUGUCGCAUCUACUACCGCUGUGAGCAGCGUUCGGAGCAGUAUAUCCGGCCGUAUAUGUUGGCCUGUAAGGAGAACACGGUCUUCUCGCGCACCCUUCGCAUGUGCCUGCCCCCAUCGAUGGCCGGGAGGGACGAGUGCGUGGACCAAAUGAAUGAAAUUGACGGGAGCAUGGGGGGUCUGGGUGAUGGCUCUGAUGGGUAUGAUGGACUCGUCACUGAUGGCCAGCAUGAUGACCAUAAUGCGCUGCUUAACGACGCCGUCACACCCGCCGCCAAUGAGCUGCGCACCUAUGCGACGGCAAAUCAGUUGCCCACAAAUUAUGGCCUGACAGGACUCAAUGGUGUAUCGGUCAUAUCCUUCUCGAGUUCCAGCUCAUCAUCUUUACGCGCCGCGCUAUCGGGGGAGGAGGAUGACGAUGAGGUGGUGUGCCGGGAUGAUGGAUUUAUGAGUGAUCCCAGUGACUGCACCGUGUUUUAUCGCUGCAUCUCGAAUGGCAGGGGCUAUAAUAAAAUCGGUUUUCGGUGCUCGGACGGCACAGCCUGGGACGAGUCGCUGCAGUCGUGCAACCACAUGUUUGAUGUACGUGCUAAUGGCGGGUGCCGCAAUCAGGCCCAGACUGAGCCCCAGAACGAUGGCUAUUAUGCAGGCCAAACAUCAACACAGUCAUCACAGUCCAGCAGCCACCAGAACUCCACGUCGUCCAGCACUCAGCAGUCCAGCUCAUCGACAUCCUCGAGCUCCUCCUCCUCACAAAAUUCAUCCACAUCAAGCUCUAGCACAAGCUCCAACCAGGAGUCAUCCACGUCGAGCAGCAAUCAACAACAAUCCUCGAAUCAAAGCUCAGGAAACAACCAAUCCAACGAAAGCUCUAGCAACAACCAGAACCAAAGCGCAGGCGGCAGUCAAAGUAGCCAAAGCUCAGGAAAUAACAGCUCUCAAAGCUCAAACAAUAAUCAAAGUUCUGGGAACAAUCAAAGCUCAAACAAUAAUCAAAGUUCUGGUUCUCAAUCCUCCAACAAUAAUCAAAGCUCUGGCAGCAAUCAAGGCUCCUCCAGUGGCUCCAACAGCACAUCCAACAAACCUGAUCCAACUGAAUGUGAGGACGAAAUGACCUACAUACCGGACAAAAAGGAUUGUGCAAAGUUCUACAGAUGUCGUCUAGAUGUCGACAACAAACUGGAGCUGGUGCCAUUCACCUGUGGACCCGGAACUGUGUGGAACCAAAAGGAGAAAGUCUGCGAUCUGCCUACCGAAGACCAAAAGAAGGAAUGUAAUAUACAAUCGGGAUCUAGCAGUGGCCAACAAUCAAGUGGCAACAAUCAAGGUUCCUCAUCAAGCGGCAGUCAAUCGGCGGGCAAUUCCAGCUCCUCCUCCAACUCCAACUCUAGCAACAAUAAUCAAUCUGGCAGCAGUCAGGAGAGCACCACUACUUCGGGCAGCCAUCAGCAAUCAUCCAGCAAUCAAGGCUCAUCUAGCAACCAGUCAUCGAGUCAAGGUAGCAAUCAAGGCUCAUCAAGCAAUCAAUCUGCCAAUCAAGGCUCAUCCAGCAACCAAGGCUCAUCCAGUAAUCAAGGUUCAUCCAGUAACCAAGGCUCCUCGAGCAAUCAAGGUUCCUCGAGCAACCAAGGCUCAUCCAGCAACCAAGGUUCAUCUAGCAAUCAAGGCUCAUCCAGUAACCAAGGCUCAUCGAGCAAUCAAGGUUCAUCUAGCAACCAAGGAUCUUCGAGCAAUCAAGGUUCAUCCAGUAACCAAGGUUCAUCCAAUAACCAAGGUUCAUCCAGUAACCAAGGCUCAUCCGGCAAUCAGGAAUCAUCAACCUCGUCAACUUCUAACAAUCAGCAGAGCUCGACAUCGUCUACAAACCAAGGAUCGUCAUCAUCAAACCAAGGAUCGUCAUCAUCGUCCAACCAGAGCUCUUCUUCAUCCACAGAAUCCAGCACUCAAGGAUCAUCCUCUAACCAGAGCUCUUCCGAGUCAUCCACGUCUAACCAAGGCUCUUCCUCAUCCAAUCAAGGAAAUUCAUCUACAACAACUCAGAAACCUUUCAAGCCCGCAGAAAAGUGCGAAAGUGAGGAAACAUUCCUUGCGGAUAAAGAAAAUUGCGCGAAAUUCUAUCGUUGCGUGGACAAUGGCAAGGGAGGGUUCACGAUGGUUUCAUUCACCUGUCCACCCAACACACUCUGGGACCCCGAGGCCAACAGCUGCAACCAUCCCGAUCAAAUUCAAAGCCAGCCGUUGAAAUGCAAAAAGGUCACAUCCUCCUCAUCAUCCAACAGUACAAGUUCUUCCUCCUCUUCAACAACUGGAGGUGGUUCCUCGUCCAACCAGGGAUCAUCCUCAAACAGUGGUUCCUCAUCCAACCAGGGAUCAUCCUCAAACAGUGGUUCCUCAUCCAACCAGGGAUCAUCCUCUAACACUGGUUCCUCAUCCAACCAGGGAUCAUCCUCCAACACUGGUUCCUCAUCCAACCAGGGAUCAUCCUCUACCAGCGGUUCAUCAUCAAGCGGCGGCUCCUCUGGCAACGAAUCAUCAACCUCAUCCUCGUCAACCUCUUCAUCGUCAACCUCUUCAUCCACUGGCAAUAACAACAACACUCAGGGCUCAUCUUCAUCGUCCUCAAGCAAUUCCUCAUCUAGUGCGACUACCAGUCCUACUCCAGCAAAUCCGUCAGAGCCAUGCAAACAAAAUGGACAGUUUAUUGGGGAUAAGACAAACUGUGCAAAGUUCUAUCGGUGUGUGGAUAACGACAGAGGUGGCUUCACCAUGAUUCCCUUCACUUGCGGUCCCGGCACAGUGUGGGAUGCUGACAUACAGAGCUGUAACCAUGCUUGGGCAGUGAAGGGCUGCGGUGGCGCCGAUACGUCUUCGUCGACACAAAAGCCAGGCACAGGUCCGAACACAAGCUCAACUUCUACAGCCCGACCUUCGACAUCUCGACCAACAUCAAACCAAACUGGUACAACAUCGAGUCCCACUACAUCACGACCUACCACAUCGAGACCUUCUACCACAUCGCGACCUUCUACCACAUCACGACCUACCACAUCCCAACCAUCUUCAUCCUCAUCCACCGCUCGACCCACUCCAACAAGUUCCCCCAACACCGAUGGACAGUGCAGAGCCGAAGGAUUCAUGGCCGAUCCCAACAACUGUUCCAAGUUCUAUCGCUGUGUCAGCAAUGGCAAAGGUGGCUUCACCCAGAUACCCUUCCAGUGUGGAGCGGGAACUGUGUGGGAUCAGGAUCUUCAAACAUGCAACCACAACUUCAACAAUUGCAACACCACCACCGCCACAGAAGUUCAAGAGAAGCCACCAUGUGAGACGACGACAAACAACGGAACGACGACUGUAACAUCGACACCAUCGACGACCACAAUGAGCACAACAACUCCCUCCACAACCAUGACAACAACAGCUCUGCCCACCACAACGGAACAGACAACAACGAGUAUGUCCCCACCCAGCACUACCACAGAAGUGCCCAGCACAACCAUGACAUCCACAACCGGAUCGGGAUCAACUGGCAGCACAGAAAACAGCGAUCCUGUAACCACCACGGUGACGCCGUCAACAACCACAAUGAAGCCACUGCCAGCUGGCACGGAAUGUGAGGGCGAGGGUUAUAUGGCUGAUCCCGAGGAUUGCCGCAAGUACUACCGAUGCAUUAGCGCUGGAAACUCCUACAGAAGGUACAAUUUCACAUGCCCCAAGGGGACGGGAUGGAACGAAGAUGUCCAGACCUGUGACUACAUGGAGAAUAUUCCGAGGUGCGCGAAUCUGCCAUCGACCACAACGGAGCCACCAACCACCACGACCACGAUCUAUACAUCCACAACACAAUCCGAGACGGAGAGUACGGUGACUGAGAGCGGUAAGGAACCAGAGACCACACCAUCAAAGCCAGCAAAUCCCACAACCACUGAAGAGCCCACCACAAAACCGACACCAGAAACAACAACAGUUGCUGAUAAACCCACCUCAAAGCCAACACCUGAACCAGAAACAACAACAAUAAUAGCCGAAAAACCCACCACAAAGCCAACACCUCAACCAGAAACAACAACAGUAGUAGCCGAAAAACCCACCACAAAGCCGACACCAGAACCAAGCACAGAAACAACAAAUGUUCCGACUACAACAACAAGUCCAGGGUAUACACCCACCACAUCCCCGAGCAUCGAUACGACGACCACGCCCCAAGAAACUACCACAACGGAGUCCCCACCAUCAACUACCAAUAUGCCAGAGCCAGCAUCGAACUACAACUGCACCGCCGAGGGCUUCUUCGCCGAUCCCGAAGACUGCAGCCACUACUACCGCUGCGUGGAUGGCAGCAAGAACGGCAACUAUCAGGUGUACAGCUUCAAGUGCCCCAAGGGCACGGUGUGGGAUACGUCCGCAGAGACGUGCAAUUACGCGGAUCAGGUAUCGGGAAAUUGCUCGAGCUCUACAGGAACCACAGGAUCUCCCACAACAACUGGCAGACCAACUGAAACAACAGAGAACCCGGGAGAGACAACUGAAACGAGCACUGCACGACCCACCGAGCCAACGACACAAACUCCGAGGCCAGAAACCACAACGUCGACUAUCCCGGAAAUCACAACGUCCAGCACCCCUGUGGACACAACAACAACUGAUGGUCCAAUAGAUACAACAACAGCGUCAUCUGCGCCACCAACUAGCUCGAAUGGCACUGAGCCAUGCCCAUCCACAGGGCCGGGGCAGGACGUGUACGUUUGCCCCACCGGCUUCCGACGCCAUCCGCAGAACUGCGGCAUGUUCUAUCAGUGCAGCGAGAACGCGGACAGCAACGACCUGAACAUUGUGGUGUUCCAAUGCCCCAAUGGCACAGUUUAUCAGGACAAGUCAUGCAGCUGCGGCAAACCAGAGGCGGGAGACACGUGCAGCAAGGGUCAGAAGAGAAUUCACCCUAACCUAUUUGAAGACCAAACGCGUCGCCAAAAUAUGGUGCAAAUAAGCUCCACAUCUCCACUAUGUCCCGACGUGGGACACUUUGCCCUGAACGAGGAUGAGUGCAGCCAGCUGUUCGUCAAGUGCGGCUACUCUGAGCAGACGGGCCGCAUCGAAGGCCAAAUUUACCGCUGCCCGCAGGGCUUUGCCUACUGGAAUGUGAGUCGCCGCUGCGAGCCAGCCAGGAAGCUGAUGAAUUGCACACCCACCACGUACAAUGUGGCCGGCAACGUGCCGCUGGAGUGGCUCAACAUUGGCAAUCGUCGCCGCAGUCUCCGUAUUUAAGUAGCACUAGUUUAGUUUUUC